AUAAAUGUCAAAACAUUGUUUACACGUGCGUUCAUUAAGGCUUUAUAAAUUGAAAACUUCGCAAUAAAUGAAAAUGAGUGAACCCGGCAAAUAUGUCCUUCUGCGAAAUGUGCAGGCAAUGUCGAAGAAGAUAAAAAAGCCGAAACAGAAGAAAGACAAACAGUUGAAGAAAAAACUGGAAAAAGUCGUACAGAAAAGGGCUAGCGUUCAAAUUCCAAAGCAACGUGAAAAGAUACCACAGCAAAAUGACGGUGUUAGUAAGCGAAAGAAUAAAAAUAAACAAAAUCAAGAAAGCCUGAAGAAAAAAUCACAAGAGGUUACACAAGGCAAGAAACAGAAGUCACGAGCCAUUGUCGAUUCAUCGGAGCAACCCAAGAAUUUCCACGAUGAUUUGGCCGAUCGAUUGAAAGCAUCUCGUUUUCGAUUCAUCAAUGAACAGCUUUACACACAGACUGGCGACGAAGCAAUCAAUGUAUUUAAAGAAGACGAUUCUGCCUUCAACACCUAUCAUGAUGGAUAUCGCGCUCAAGUUAAACAGUGGCCAAUUAAUCCAUUGGAUCGCAUCAUCAAUUCAAUCAAGAAAUUGCCGAUAAAUUAUGUUGUCGCCGAUUUUGGUUGCGGUGAAGCUCGAUUGGCAGAGUCUGUAACGCAAAAAUGCUACAGCUUCGAUUUGGUUGCAACAAAUAAAAAGGUUAUCGCUUGUAAUAUGGCGCAUACGCCACUUUCAUCUGAAUCCGUGAACGUUGCGGUUUUUUGUCUCUCAUUGAUGGGCACAAACUUGAAAGACUUUUUGCUUGAAGCCAAUCGCGUCUUGAAAAUAGGUGGCCAUUUGAAGAUCGCAGAAAUCGAGUCUCGAUUCGAUAAUGUUAACGCAUUCAUAAACAGUUUGAAAGCCAUUGGUUUCGAUUUAAUCAGCAAAGAUAUUUCAACAAAAGUUUUCUAUUUUCUUUACUUUAAAAAGUCACGUAGUGUCACUGGGGCUGACUUGAGACAACUGAAGAACUUUUCUCUUAAACCAUGUUUGUAUAAAAAACGAUAAAUAAAGACACUCAUUUUUAAAAUUGGAAAUA